GAUGGGAUGGAAAAUGGCGGCCCUUCAUCGGGUAGCAUAUCAACUUUGAACCUAACUAACAGAGCAGGAACGAUGCAGGGGCUUUUUUAAAAAUAUAUAUUUUACUUUUAAUAUCUGAAUAUUUGUUUUUUUUUAAUAUAAACGCUCAUGUGGAGUUUUCUGUAGGUUACAGCGAGAGCGAACAAUAUGAGAUCCUACUGUGUGAGGAGGGAACAAAGCUGGAGAGAAGUCUGACUGAAACUCACUAUAAUGGUGAUUUUAUGUUUAAUUUUUAAUAAGUAGGAAGCUUCUCUGGUAAUUUAAUUGUAAUAUUAAAUUACAAAUAGUGCACCCUAUCAGUAGUGAAGAGUUUUUGAAAGAGUGUACCAUUAAUAAUCGGUUAGUUCUGGUCGUUGUGAUGGAUCUACAUUAACUCUGUCAUGGAUCAGUCUAAACCUCGGCACAGCAAAAGACUGCGGGCUGGUACCCGUAGGCGUUACCAUGACGAUGGCAUCUCAGACGAAGAGAUCGAUGGACGGCGGAUGUUUGACCUGGAGGAGAAGGUCAGCAGCCAGAGGUUUAGCUCCGACAGAGUGCUGCGCAUGGAGGGGAAAGAUCUGACGUUCGAGUUUGUGCAGAGAGGAGGUCUGAGAGACCCCAUACUGUUUGAAAGACCUGAAGGACUCGGACUCAAGAUGCCUGAUUCAGAUUUCAGUGUGAAUGACGUCAAGAUGUUUGUUGGCAGCCGGCGGAUGAUUGAUGUGAUGGACGUCAGCACUCAGAAAGGGACGGAGAUGUCUAUGGCUCAGUGGACUCGAUACUACGAGACUCCGCCCCCUCAGAGAGAGAAGCUUUAUAAUGUCAUCAGCCUGGAGUUCAGCCACACCAAGCUGGAGUCGCUGGUCAACAGACCCACAACUGUGGACCUGAUCGACUGGGUGGACAACAUGUGGCCUCGACACCUGAAGGAGAGACAGAGAGACUCGACAAACUCCAUCACAGACAUGCAGUACCCCAAAGUCCAGAAAUACUGUCUGAUGAGUGUGGAGGGCUGUUACACAGACUUCCACAUUGACUUUGGAGGGACAUCAGUGUGGUACCACAUCCUGAGAGGGAGUAAGGUGUUCUGGCUGAUCCCUCCCUCCCCUCAGAACCUGGAGCUGUACGAGAACUGGGUUCUGUCAGGGAAACAGGGAGACGUGUUCCUGGGAGAUCGAGUGUCGGACUGUCAGAGGAUAGAGCUGAAGCAGGGCUGCACCUUCAUCAUCCCCUCAGGUUGGAUCCAUGCCGUCUACACUCCUGUGGACUCCAUGGUGUUUGGAGGAAAUUUCCUGCAUAGCUUCAACAUCCCCAUGCAGCUCAACAUCUGUAACAUCGAGGACAGGACACGGGUUCCGGUGAAGUUCCGUUACCCUUUCUACUACGAGAUGUGUUGGUACGUGUUGGAGCGUUAUGUGUUCAGCCUGACGAAGACCUCGUACCUCACACCUGAGUUCCAGAAACACUCGCUGGGCAUUGGUCUGAAGAAGCCGCCCGGCUCUGAUGCAGCCUCUGAGCUGGUAAAGGAGGAGGAGGAGGAGGAGGAGGAAGAUGAAGAUGAACAGCAGCAGCAGCAGCAGCCUGAAAAUGUUCAUGUGACUCCUCUUGAACUGGAGGGAAUGUGGAACCUGCUGGGCAAACUGGAAGCUCUGCCGUCCAACAAGAAGUGUGUCCCUGCCGGAAUACACAACGCCCCUGCUCUCAUCACACACAUCAAGGCUCUCCUGAAGGAACACGCCAACGACAACCCCAAACUGUCAUACUCAGGGAAACCCAUCAUCAGAUGGCCAAAAAGACCCUCGUGGUACCAGCCUCCUCCUCCUCCCCCUCCCCCUCCCCGUCCUAAACUGGCCAACACGCCGGUCGUGCCCCGCCCUCAGAAACCCGCCUCCUCCAUGUCGGUGCUAAGACGUCGCAGAGUCAGGUGUAAACGGUGUGAGGCGUGUAUGAGAACAGAGUGUGGAGAAUGUAACUUCUGUAGAGAUAUGAAGAAGUUUGGAGGACCGGGGAAACUCAAACAGACCUGUGUGCUGAGGCAGUGUCUCUCUCCGGGCCUCCCUCUGUCUGCUGUCUGCGAGAUCUGUAAGGAGCCCAACCAGGAGGAGACAGGAGACGCCUCCCUCGUCCUCAUGGAGUGUUCCAACUGUGCUCAGAUAGUUCAUCCUGCCUGUCUCACGGUUCAGGGAGAAGGAGUGGUGAACAAAGACCUGCCAAGCUGCUGGGAGUGUCCCAAAUGUGUGCAGGGCAUCACUGACCCAGAGUCAUCAGGCAGUGACGAGUCGUUGGCCCCCGGCCACCAGCAGCAGGUCCGUCCCCGCGGGCCCCUGGUGCUCCGGCUGGGCCCCGGGCCCUCUGCUGCAGUGUUGGGGGGUCCUGGGUGCUCCCAGCAGGACGGGGAGGUGGUCCGCUGUGGUUUCUUCCCCCCUCCUCCUCUCUCCUGCUGCUCCUCCUCAGCCUCUCUUCUCUUGGUGGCGGCCCCUCUGCCUUCUCAGCCAAUCAGCUCGAGACUGUCUAAAGGACAUAAAGCUGACGGCCCCCCUCUGAAGCGUAAAUCUUCGUCUUUGUUGGACGCUCGGAUGGCGAAGAUUUACAGACGACAGAGACACAGCCGAGACGGAGAUGACUCGGCCAGUGAUGAUGAGGAUGAAGGCUCUCAGAGGAGGAAGAUGGCGCUCCACGCUCGAGGGGCGGUCCACUCUACCAGGAGGGGCUUCAAUGCUAACAGGAGGGGCUUGCUGAGAGGAGGCUCUGCCCACAGAGGGAGUAGAGGCGGGGUCAUGCCUGCUGGCUCCUCUGCAUUCAAACUGAAGCGAGGGGUGGGUGUGAGAGAGGCAGGGCGGAGGGGGAGGGGCGUGAGGCUGCGGGGCGGGUCCAGGAUGCAACGACGAGGAGAUGACUCAGAUGAGUCGGACGAUGAUGAAGACGACGAUGAUGAUGAUGAGGAGGAGGAUGAAGAGGAGGAGGAGGAGGACAGUGAGCAUGAAGGGAAAGAGCAUCGUCAUCGUCACCGACGAAGAAGGAGAAGAGCUGAUGAUGACGAGGAGGAUGACAGCGAUGGAGGGGACUUUGACCCUGACGAGGAUGAGCUAGACACUCUGGAAGAUGAGGAAGAGGAGGAUGAGGAGGAGGAGGAGGGGCGCUGGGAUUCAGACCCUGAGCCUCCAGUCCUCCUGGUGUCAGACCUGAGUGACGACCUGCUGAGCGGCUCAUACCUGACUGUGACUCUCCAGCACCCCCAAAAGGCCCGCACGCACAGUGGCUCCAUCGUUCCAAAGCUGGAGGCAGCUGUGGCUCAGAGGUCAGCAGGGGGCGCUGCAGGCCAGCAGCCCUUUAUCCAGAGGAAGACUCUGUCCAAACCCUCCCGACCCAAGAGCUGUGACAUCACUGAGAGCACCACACCUCGAGGACCGGGCAGGCCUCGUCUGCGGGGUAACCAUGGUGCCAGAGGCGCCAGAGACGGCUCAGGGUCUUCAUCAGAGGAAGAGGACGUUUCCCCCCCCUCCUCCUCCCUGUCUCCCCCCUCCCUGCUGUCGCUCCCCUCCUUCAAAGACGUAGGAAACGAGGUGGGAGGAGAGAAGGAAGUGUGGGUGUCAGUGUUCAGGUUCCUGGACAGAGCCGAGCUGCUGAACUGUAUGACUGUGUGCAAGGCCUGGUACAAGUGGAGCUGUGAUAAGCGUCUGUGGUCUCAUGUGGAUGUCAGUCGGUGUAGUCCUCUCUCUAAUCAGUCUCUGGCUGGAAUCAUCAAACGUCAGCCGUCCUCUCUGGACCUGUCCUGGACCCCACUAGCCAAGAGACAGCUCACCUGUCUGCUCAGUAGGCUGCCAGGUCUGAGGGAGCUGAGGGUUACCGGUCUGUCCUGGUCCUGUUUGUCUGCGCUGGCAUCUCCCUCUCUUCCCUGUCUUCGUCUGCUCGACCUGCGUUGGUGUGAAGGAAUCAGAGACGCUCAGAUCAAAGAGAUCAUCAUCCCCCCAGACUCCGAGUCGACCCGCAGCAGGCUGAGGAACAUGGGGACUCUGCAUUUGUCAGGUCUGGAGGUGAGCGACUCGUCCCUCAGGUUGCUGCAGAGACACAUGCCUCAGCUGCAGAGACUCGACCUGUCUCACUGUAAGGACAUCAGUGACUCGUCAAUCGCUCUGCUCACUGCUGCAGGGACACACACCAGACACAACCUGACCGAACUCUACCUAGCAGGCUGCAGUGAGCUGACAGACACUUGUCUGUCUUACCUUAAGCGUCUGUCCUGUCUGUCUUUGUUGGACCUGCGUGGAUGUUCAGGUGUGAGCAGAAGAGCGUGUGACGCCUUCAUCUCUGAUCUGUCCCAUGUCGCCCACUACUGCAUGAUGGAGGAGAAGCUAAUCCAGCGCAUGGACUGAUGCAGACAAAUACACACUGAGACUCUGAACAGAGAGCUAGGCUACAAACAUGAACAUUGCAGUGUUUUUUUUCUCUUCCUGUUUUCACUGAUGAUCAGACUGUGUUUGAUGGUUUCUCUUGUUUUUGUACAUUCGUUUUCUAUCACUGUGAAAUAAAUAAAGUGAAUUGUUUCAUUGUUGA